CAUUCCAAAUUAACUAAAAACACAUGUUUGAAAUUAAUUCUGUUGUCCUGGAUUAUACCUAACUGCUACACAGUUCCAGCAGCCCUGCUAUCAAACUUGAGGACAUUUUGUAAAUAUCACAUUGAUAAAUUGUAUUGUGACAACUGGUCAGUUGUAAAACUUUCGUGCGCUUCAAAUUUUGUCAAUACUCUUUAUGGAUAUUUUCUUAUUGUCACAUUUGUAUCUCAUUUGGUUGUUAUCAUAGUGUCGUACAUUAAACUCAUCACUGCCUGUAAAGCAUCUUUAGAAAAUAAAAAAAAAUUCUGGCAAACAUGUUUGCCACACUUACUGUCACUGAUAAAUUUUAGUUUUGCUUUACUUUUUGAUGUCAUGUAUAGCAGAUAUGGUGCAAAUGACAUUCCAGAGAGUCUGCGUAAUUUUUUGGCUUUAGAACUGAUUAUAGUUCCUCCUGUUGUUAAUCCUCUAAUCUAUGGAUUAAAUAUUAAGGCAGUGCGCAAACGAGCUUUUCCCUCACGUCCUAUGUCAAAAGUAAAUGUUUAUAGUUCAAAAAAGCUGUAA